AUGCGGAGGACAAAGCGACUCUUAUCUACCACCGAUACCACAGAAAUCCCCGCGAGUGUGGAGGAAAACAUUACAACGGGGACUGGACUGCCGGCCAGCACAUGGACACCAUCCUUCGUGGAUCCAAUACCCUCUAUGAAUAAUAAUAAUAAUAAUAAUAAUAAUAAUAAUAAUAAUAGUGGUAGUGAUGAUAUGGCGUCUCCGCUUAAACGGUUCAAGUUACCUAAUGAGGUGUUGGCUCGUCUCGGUAAAACUAGGACAGGUACGGAAGAAAAUAAUACUGGAAAUGAGGUUAGAAAAGAGAAUAAGGUGGAUAAAGAGGUAAGUGAAGUGGCUAGUGUGAUCCGCUCACGCAAACUUGCCGCCGCUGAGCGCCGUGCAAUGCGAGAGAAUGAAGAAACAGAGAAUUCUCUAAAGCCAACAGUUUCAGUACGUCGAUUGCCCAGACAUCAAAUGGAGCAAAAAUCACAGCGACGCAAGUCCCCACAAAGAUCGGUAUUCUUCGCUAACGAAGGUGAUGGGAUUAUUAACUUUGGCACGGGAUUAUCUGCCGCAGUGGAUUCUUCUUCUUCAUCGUUAUCAUCAGAUGCGGGUUCUUGUUGUGAUGAUGAUGGGGAUGAGGAAAAGAACAACGACGAUGCGCGGGCGGCGAAACGACGGAGAGAGAUUGAUCGUCACUUUGCUGGUUACGAAAGUGAUGAACUCGACUCUGCUAGUGCAUCUCUUAUGGAAGAAGAGGAAGAAGAAGAAGAGGAAAUGAUUGAAGAAGAGGAGGAGGAAGAAGAAGAGGAAGAGGAAGAAGAAGAAGAAAAAGGUGAUGAUAAUGAUAAUGAUGCUGAUGCUAAUAGGUGUAAUGGUGCUGGAGCGGUUGGAUUUGGUCUCUUUGAACGUCGCCGUCAACAACAACAACAACAACAAGAUCAACAAGAGCAGAAAGGGAAGAAGAAUACUUCAGACAAUGUUGAGAUCGGUACUUCCUCUAUUUCUGUUAAUCCUAUGACGAGAGAUCGUCGCUAUCGUUAUGGUUCAAUGUUCUUUGAAAUGCACAUUGGUCGUGAUAGUGUGAAUCCCUGCCAUCACACACUACUCUGCCUUAGUGGACCCAUCACUAUACAAGGUCCAUGCUGCGUUGUGGGAUUUGGAAUUGGUGAGAUCGCUGUUGGUGGUUUUUUUUUGGGUAAGAAACAUGUUCUACUGUUUAGUGAGACACAACGUAUUGUUCUAACACCAGUACGGCGGCUUAGAAAUAAAUGCAUAGAUGUGAAAUCAGUUCCCAUUCGAAGAUAUUUUGAACAGGAUGAUGGACCCAUUACCAUCAUGCCUCCUCUACAGCAAGAUUUUAUUCAUAACACAACAGAUGAUGAGAUAAAGAGGAAUGACAAUACCAACAAGGGUAAUAGCAAUGGUAACAAACAUAAUAAUAACAUUGCCAAUAAUAACAAUAAUAAUAAUAAUAGUAUGGAUGAUGAUGAUCUUGAUGAAGUGGAGAUGUUUGGUAGUGUUGAUUGGGAUUGGGUGGAAUCAACGGUUGCAUCAUGGCGUGGACGACUUGCGAGUCAAAUGCCAAACAUUAUAUUAAUUGUCCAGCCGUACGAUCCAUGCGGAUUACCCCCAACACGACGACGUUAUUUUAAGGGAAAAGGAAAAGGUAAAUCGCAGAAGAAAGUAGUAGGAAUGUCAGGAGAUGCCUUUAUGGAUGUCCCACGGUUUUUAGCUCGUCAUCAUGAAACUGAAAUUGAUACGGCUCUUUUACCAAAUGUUAUUCCUGCUAUUCUUAAACAAGGCCCUGGGGCAGUGGUGGUGUUGGGUUCACAGGGUAUAGGGAAGUCCACACUGGCCCGAUUUCUCACUAAUGGUUUACUCUCCCAGCAUGGUGUUUGUUACUGGCUGGAUCUUGAUCUUGGACAGCCAGAGUUCUCACCACCAGGUGUACUCUCUCUAUACGGUGUGCGAAAGCCACUACUUCGUCCACACGAUUCUGAGAGUGUAGAUCUUGUAAAGAGUUUCUAUCUUGGCGGCUCACGUCUCCGUUGCCCUGUUGCUACUGCCAUUGCAUUAGAGCAGUUGUGUGCUCUUGUGGAAUUGGUACAACGACGAUAUCCCGUGGUGGUGAAUACACACGGUUGGGUACUCAGCACUGGACGUCGUAUGACUGUAGAAGUGAUUCGCCGUCUAGAGCCAAAACACAUCAUUCAUCUUGUGAAGGAACGUGAAGUGCGAUGGGCACGUGAAAGUGAAUCCCUCAUGGAUCCUGAAAGAGGAUUAAACUCAGAGGUAUUACACAAGCGAUUUCAUGUACGGCGUUUGGUUUCAUCAUCAUCCUCAUUAUUAUUAUCAUCAUCAUCUACGGGAGAAACAAUAGAGCGAAUUAUGGGAAGACUUCCACAUCCACGAAGAUGUACAACUGCCGGUAAACAGAAUAAUUCCUCUGCAACUGAAAAAACCAACUGGUGUGGAACUGUGCAUACUAUACAAGUAAACCGGGAUGAGGGAUUACUGCGACGUGAAAUGCAACCUAAAGCAUCUGCUAUUCGCCGUAGUUUGUGGCAGCAAUAUUUGGCUCCACUCUUUAAUUACUACGAAUCACAAAAGGAUAAAAGAUCUAAAAUGGAUCUCUUAGAUGUUGGAGACUCCACUACUUUAUUUAAAGGCUCCUUGAAACAGUUUGAGGCGAUUGUGUUUACGGAUAUCUCUGAUGCUCGUGAUAUUACUGAUGAAGUCAUGUGUGCAGCACUAGAGCAUAGUGUAGUGGCGCUUUCUUUUUCUAUUGAACCUUCCUCAACACCUGAUGCUGCUGCCGCCGUUGCUUCUGAAACGAAACGAACACCACUACAAAAACAGAAAGAAUCGAUACAUUCAACACAUAAUAAAAACCUUCAGGUGGAAAAAACGGUAGGGAAUCGUUAUUGCUUAAUGGACAUGCCGACCGGGUUUGCCAUCUCAUGUUUCGGAUUUGUUGAGAGCAGUGAGACGGCAAUGCUUACCUCUGGUGAAAUUGCAAUUCGCCUUCCGUUGCCUCGUGCUAUUGUGCGGGAUAUGUUGACAGGCAAUAUUGCUUCUACCUGUAGUGGUGUUAAUAGUGUUAAUAGUGGUAGUGGUAAUAGUAAUAGUAAUAGUGUUAAUGGCGGUGAGGGAAGAAGGGUCCGUGUCUCGCUUGCAUGUACACUGGCAGACAAUAUGGAUACGGCAGCAUUGGAGGCAUAUUUCUAA